AUGCCGCAUUUUUUGAGAGACUGUCUUGUUACAGGAAACCUGAAUGAACCACCGCCCACCUUAAUAACAGAAGUAAUGGCUCAGAAGUCAGACAAUGGGGAAGGAGUAGUUUCCCAAGAAGAUAACCUGGUUCUGGAAAAGCGGCCUUUGCUCCAAGACGUGCAGUGGUCAUGGGUGGAGAUGCACCUUGCUGGAGCAGUUCUGGACAAGCUCGAUAUCAGAACUCUUGCAACUGGACCCGACUCCCAUCUGGUGUCAGCUGAUGCCAAGGCAGGAGCAUCUCUACAAAAGGCAAGUCACUUAUGCUAUGUAAAAAGGGAGGCAAAAAGUGUUUGGUUGUUAUUCUGGCUUUAUUUGAUCAAAGCAAGCAAUGUUGCUGAAGACAAUGAACUUAGAGUGGUCCUAAAUUCAUGUCAUAUGGGAAGCAGGGCAUAUCUGCAGACAAAUCUGUCCCGGGGGGAAGAUGAUGAGUGCCAUGGCACAGACAGCAGCUCACCUCCGCCAUUUCAUUUGCGUUUCUGCAUGCCGCAGCCCCCAGCGCGCCUGUGUUCCAGAGAGGGCCGCAAAGGAACGUUCCAGACACAAGCCUUCCUGGCAACACCUGGUUUACGUUGGAGUUGA